AUGGGAGUACCAGAUGAAUACUGGGUGGAGUUUGCAGCUUUUAAGUUUGAAGGUCCUGCUGCAGCCAUCUCUGUCAAACAAGAGCACGUCGCCUUCCUCCAGAGUCGAGAAAUUUCAGGAAGAACUUUAGGGGGACCCCAAAGGAGUAACAGAAAAAGCCGUGAUCAGGGGCAAGGUAAUGGGGGAGUGCCUAGUGGUAGCAGUGACUCUUUGGGGAGUGGGAAUAGUGGACCCUAUAGCUUCAAGUGCCACCAUUGUGGGGAGCUAGGGCAUAUCAAAAGAAACUGUCCUCUUAAGAGCCAACAGGUGAACCGACAGACCCAGCAAUCACCACAGAGUCAAAGGGGUGUUGCUCCUAGUCAAGAAGACUCCCACAGUUCACGCCUUUUUAUCAGCCCCAGUUGCCUGCUGAUAAGUGCAUGA